CAUUGUAUUUCUUCUCAUUGUUGUUGUCAAAGAUGGUAAAUCAAACCCCAACAAAGAUUUCACCAUCACCGGAAGCAAAGUGAACAAGGUAUUCAAUAGCUUUGGUGCUAUUUCUGCAAUCAUUGUUACAAACACCAGUGGCAUGCUUCCUGAAAUACAGUCAACUCUACGUAAGCCAGCGGUAAAGAACAUGAGAAAAGCCUUGUACUCACAAUUUACAGUGGGAAUCUUGUUCUACUAUGGUGUUACUAUAAUUGGAUAUUAGGCUUAUGGAUCAAUGGUAUCUUCAUAUCUUCCUGAAAACUUAAGUGGACCAAGAUGGAUCAAUGUCAUUGUUAAUGUCAUCGUUUUUCUACAAUCCAUAGUUUCUCAACAUAUGUUUGUGGCACCGAUUCACAAGGCUUUGGACACUAGAUUUCUGGAAAUCGACAAGGGUAUGCAUUUGGGAAAGAAUUUUAAACGUUUAUUUCUACUACGCGUCUGCUUCUAUACCGGAAACACAUUCUUCGCAGCUGCAUUUCCUUUUAUGGGUGACUUUGUAAAUUUGCUUGGAUCAUUUUCACUUGUUCCCCUCACUUUCAUGUUCCCAAGCAUGCUCUUUCUUAAGAUAAAGGGAAAGGGAGCUAGAAUUGAGAAGAAGGCAUGGCAUUGGAUCAACAUUAUAUUUUCAUUUCUACUUACAAUAGCAACAACUAUUUCAGCUCUUCGGUUCAUCAUCAACAAUAUCCUCAUUUCUACAUACAAUAGCAACAACUAUUUCAGCUCUUCGGUUCAUAUCAACAAUAUCCAAAAGUAUCAGUUCUUUGCGGAUGCAUGA